AUGGCAAACUCAGACGACAGCUUCAACAACACCCAAGGCGACCAAGACACUGAUUACGGAGGCGAUGACUUGACGUGGGACGCAGUCGCGCAAGAGAUGGAUCAUGACGUUGAGGCAGAGCAGUCUGAUGUUCUAGAUGGGCGAGACUCGACACAAGCAGACAAGAAUACAUCAGACAGCUGGGGAAUCAUCAAGUACAUCGAGACACGAAGACGACUUAACGAUGCGCCCAUUGAUUCAAGAUAUCUAAGCGACAAAGAAGAUUACAACCCCUUCUUAGGUUACCGACUAAAGAUUGAUACCGUUUUUCCCUAUCAUGCCACGAUAUUGCAGCGAAGAAUC